GCCUGUGAUGUGGGACGAUGCCCCGGAGCCCUGGGUCCAGCGAGGAGGAAAGGGUCUCGGAGUAUCCCGAGGGGGAGUCGGACUCCGAAAGCUCCCGCGACGGCCCCCCUGGCGCUAGUCCUGGCCCCCUGGACCGCAGGACCCAGGGGCCUCCCAUGUCGGUGCCCGACGACGCCCGCUUCAGUAUGAUGGUCUUUCGGAUCGGCAUCCCCGACCUGCACCAGACGAAAUGCCUGCGGUUCAACCCUGACGCGGCCAUCUGGGUGGCCAAGCAGCAGAUCCUGUGCACUCUGAACGAGAGCCUGAAGGACGUGCUGAACUACGGGCUCUUCCAGCCGGCCACCAACGGGCGGGACGCCAAGUUCCUCGACGAGGAGCGGCUGCUGCGUGACUACCCCCAGAGCUUCGAGAAAGGCGUGCCCUACCUCGAGGUGCCCCGCCCCACCCCACCGGGGCAUAAGCAGCUGGCGAAAUUGCACACAAAGACUGGCCUGAAGAAGUUCCUGGAGUAUGUGCAGCACGGGGCAGCGGAGAAGGUGGCACGGCUUCUGGAUAAGGGCCUAGACCCCAACUACCACGACUCAGACACAGGGGAGACCCCCCUGACGCUGGCAGCCCAGCUAGAGGGGACUGUCGACGUGAUCCGGCUGCUCUGCCUCGGGGGUGCGCACAUUGAUUUCCGGGCACGGGAUGGAGCCACCGCGCUGCACCGGGCAGUGUGCACCCGGCGCUACGCGGCCCUGACGGCGUUGCUGGACCUUGGGGGCUCCCCCAACUACAAGGACCGUCGGGGCCUCACCCCCCUGUACCACACAGCUAUGGUGGGGGGUGACCCACGCUGCUGCGAGCUGCUGCUCUACAACCAAGCCCACAUUGGCACCAUGGAUGAGAACGGCUGGCAGGAGAUCCACCAGGCCUGCCAGCACGGGCACUCCCAGCAUCUGGAACAUCUGCUCUUCUAUGGGGCCGAGCCGGGAGCCCAGAACGCCUCUGGGAACACAGCGCUGCACGUUUGUGCCCUCUACAACAAGGAAAGCUGCGCCCGGAUCCUGCUCUACCGGGGGGCCAACAAAGAGAUUAAGAACAACAGUGGCCAGACGCCUUUCCAGGUGGCUGUGAUUGCUGGGAACUUUGAACUGGGGGAGCUGAUCAAGAACCACCGGGAAGCUGACAUGGUCCCGUUCCAGGAGUCCCCGCAGUAUGCAGCUCGGCGCCGAGACGGGGGGCGCAGUCUGGGGGUCCCCCACCUCCUCCUCCGGGCCAACAGUGACACCAGCAUGAACGUGCCAGACUGGAUGCUGUACGGUUCCCCUCUUGCACCCCCACCGCCGGCCUCGGUGGCCAUGCAGGCCCCAAAGAUCGCCACGGGGACCCUGCGCAGCGCCAGCAGCCCUCGCGGCGCCCGCACCCGCUCCCCCUCCCGGGGGCGCCACCCUGAGGAUGGCAAGAGGCAGCAGCGUGGACGCCCCAGUUCUAGUGGUUUCCCCAGGGACUCGGCAGCGGGUGGGACCUUGAACAGCCGGGGAAUGAAGCGGAAGCUUUACUCAGCCGUGCCCGGCCGAACCUUCAUGGCCAUGAAACCCUACCAGGCCCAGGCAGAGGGCGAGCUGUCCCUCAGCAAGGGCGAGAAGAUCAAGGUGCUGAGCGUGGGCGAAGGCGGGUUCUGGGAGGGGCAGGUGAAGGGCCGGGUCGGCUGGUUCCCCUCGGACUGCGUGGAGGAGGUGCAGACCAAGACGCAGGAUGGAAAGCAAGAGAGCCGGAGUGACAAGGCCAAGCGCCUCUUCCGACACUACACGGUGGGGUCCUACGACAGCUUCGACGCCCCCAGUGACUACAUCAUUAAGGAGAAGACGGUUUUGCUGCAGAAGAAGGACAACGAGGGGUUUGGUUUCGUCCUGCGUGGAGCCAAGGCGCAGACCCCCAUCGAAGAGUUCACGCCCACCCCGGCCUUCCCCGCCCUGCAGUACCUGGAAUCCGUGGAUGAGGGGGGCGUGGCCUGGCGCGCUGGCCUCCGCAUGGGGGACUUCCUGAUCGAGGUCAACGGGCAGAACGUGGUGAAGGUCGGGCACCGACAGGUUGUGAACAUGAUUCGCCAGGGGGGCAACAACCUGAUGGUGAAGGUCGUCAUGGUAACCAGGAACCCUGAGAUGGAAGAGGCCAUGAGAAAGAAAGCGGCUCCCCAGCAGACGAAACGACUGCCCCCCCCAGCCAUCUCCCUGCGCUCCAAAUCCAUGACCUCUGAGCUGGAGGAGAUGGUGGAGAAAGUCUCCCCCUGGAAGAAGAGGAGUGGUGAGUGUGAGCUGGGGCCGGGCACAGCCCCUCCCAAUCCCCCGCCCAUGAACUUCCUCCACUGCUUCCUCACGCCAGCCUCU